AUGUGGCGAGACCGCACCAACCUAUACAUUUCAUAUCGGCAGUCUUACGCGCAUCAUCCCACCCCGCGAAGACCUUACGGGCCGGGCACCACUGGUUCUGGCCUCCUUGCCGCCGACAACAACUAUAACAGUAGCUAUCCGAACGAUGACCGUCGUGGCCUUCUCUCGGCUGGUGCCUUUGAGGAUGACGGCGAUGCCGUCAUUGAGAUGGACGUGUUGCCCCCUCGAUGGGCUGAAGUUUCCGACACCAUUACCGACUUGCUCGCCAACAUUGCGACAAAGGGCCAGAGCUUAGAUAAGCUGCAUCAGAAACAUGUGUUGCCUGGUUUCAAUGACGAAGAAGCGAAGAAGGCCGAGGAGGCGCAAAUAGAGGACCUUACUCAGGAGAUUACCAAAGGGUUUCACGACUGCCAUCGCUGUAUACAGAAGAUUGAACAGAUGGUGCGCGAUUCCCAGCAUGCCGGUACUAUAACAAGGGCAGAAGAGACUAUGGCCAAGAACAUUCAAAUCUCGCUGGCUUCGCGGGUCCAAGAUGCAAGUGCUAGCUUCAGAAAGAAGCAAAAGCUUCGUGGAAUGGGUGUAUUUGGCGCUCUAAGUCCCGGAGAGAGAUCUAGCACCCCUCAACCUGGCUCAUAUUUUGACCCCUCUCUACAAGAAUCAGAUGCGGACAGAUCGUUUUCUCAGUCAACUCUUCAAGCAACUCAACAGAGGGUGCGUCAUUCCAAUGACGCGGCCAUUGCUCAACGAGAGCGGGAGAUUGAGGACAUUGCCCAAGGCAUUAUCGAAUUAUCCGAUCUUUUCCGGGAUCUCCAGAACAUGGUCAUUGACCAAGGCACGAUGCUGGAUCGUAUAGACUAUAAUGUUGAGCGCAUGAACACCGAUGUCAAGGCCGCUGAUAAGGAGCUAGUGGUUGCUUCAGGCUACCAACGGAAAACCACCAAACGCAAAAUUAUCCUCCUUCUCAUUCUUAUCAUAUUUGGUAUGAUCAUAUUGUUGGUGAUCAAGCCCAAGAAACACGAGUAG